GGCCCCUUUAAGGGCAGCCAGGCCGCGAGGGCCCCCUUGCUGGAGGGACGCGCGGGCGCCCCAGCGGACACCGUUUGGGCAGAGAGGGUCCCCGGGCGGGGGAUGGGCGCUCCCGGGAGGCGGUCCCGACUGAGCAUGCUCAGUCGAGGGUCCGACUGCGGCGCGGACUGAAGGUGCACGCCAACGCCCAGCGGAGGGAGAGAGAAGCCAGGAGUCUCCCCCCCCAAGACACCAUGGAAAAGUACCAGAUUUUGGACUGGCUGACUCCGGGGGCCUUGGGGACGAACCUGGUGGUGGUGGAGACGGAAACCAAAGAGAAGCAUGUGAUAAAGCAGGUGGAGUGCAUCGAUGAGCAUCAGGCCACCAAAGCCCUGGAGGAGCUGAUGCCGCUGUUGAAGCUCCAGCACGUCCACAUCUCCGUCUACCGGGAGCUGUUCAUCCUGUGGAACAGCAAGGUCUCCUCUCUCUUCCUGUGCCUGGUGAUGGAGCACAGCAAGGACACCCUCCAGAAUGUCAUUGAGAAGAAGAGGGCGGCCAGGGCAGCCCUGGAAUCCCAGUGGGUGCAGAACAUUCUGGGCCAGGUGCUGGACGCGCUGGAAUACCUACACCAGCAGGACGUCAUCCACAGGAACCUCAAGCCCUCCAACAUCUCCCUGGUGAGCCACGACCACUGCAAACUGCAGGACCUGAGCUCCGACGCGCUAAUGACCGACGAGGCCAAGUGGAACAUCCGUGCGGAAGAAGACCCCCUUCAGAAGUCCUGGAUGGCCCCCGAGACCCUCAACUUCUCCUUCAGCCAGAAGUCGGACGUCUGGUCCCUGGGCUGCAUCAUUCUCGACAUGGCCAGCUGCUCCUUCAUGGACACGAGGGAAGCCAUGCGUCUGCGAAAGUCCAUCCGGAGUUUCCCCGACGGCCUGAGGGGUGUCCUGAAGACCAUAGGGGAGAGGAAGAUCCCUGAUGCGAGAAUCUUCGGUUCCCUUUUGCCUCUCAUGCUCCAGACAGACCCCUCGGAGCGAAUAACCGUCAGGGACGUGAUUGAUAUCACCUUCGUCAGCAACAACUUCAGGUCCUCCAGCGAGGCCAUGAUGCUGUACCAGCAGGCAGUACCCGCCUCCGUCAUCGACAUGCUGCUCGAAAGCAGUGUCGCCAGCAUCCUGGAGGUCAUGCAGAACUUCUCCAGCCGACCCGAAGUCCAGCACAGGGCCAUGAAGAGGCUGCUGAGGAUGCCGGAAGACCAGCUAGGUCUGCCGUGGCCAGCGGAGCUGGUGGAGGUGCUGGUUGCCAUCAUGAAGCGACAUGAGAGCGUCCUGGAAAUCCAGCUGCACGCCUGCUCCCUGCUGCUGCGCACCCUGGGCCAAGCGCUGGCACAGGACCCGGAGGCCACAGUGCCCAGCGACAGCGCCGUCACCCCUGUGCUGCUGGGCGUCCUGCGCAGCCACCCUGAGGAGCAGCAGCUCCUGGUCAUGGUGUACAGUCUGCUCUGCAUUGUCGCCAGCCAGGACCUGGCCACAGACGAGCUGCACAAGGCCGGGCUGUUGGAGCAGAUCCUGGAGCACCUGGACACCUUCCCCAGGAACAGGGACCUUUGCAUCAAUGGCCUGAUCCUGCUCUGGGCCCUGCUGGUGGACGCUGUUGCCGUGGACAAGGGCCCCUUGGAGAAAGCCCCGGCUCUCAUCGCUGAGGUGCUGGCCACACACCCCACGGACACAGAGAUGGCUGAGGCUGGCUGUGCGGCCCUGUGGUUGCUGUCCCUGCUAGGCUGCGUAAAGGAGCAGCAGCUGGAGAAGGUGGUGGUGCUGUUCCUGCAGAGCAUCCGGCUGUGCCAGGACCGAGUGCUGCUGGUGACCAAUGCCUACAGGGGGCUGGCCAGCCUUGCAAAGGCGUCCGAGCUGGCGGCGCUGCAGGUGGUGACACCCGAGGAGAGCAGCAACGGCCUCGCCCUCAUCCAGGAGACCUACCAGCUCCACAGGGACGACCCGGAGGUGGUGGAGAGCCUGUGCAUGCUGCUGGCCCAGCUGGCUUCCCACAGUGAGGACCCCUCCCGGAGGCGCCCUCCUGGCCUGCUGCCCUCCUCGGAAGUGCCCUGGCCUCAGGUCCCUCUGCUCUGCCCACAGAGGAGGUCCUAUUGGAGCUGGCGGCCAGCGGCAUCCAGCCCCUGGUGGAGGAGAUCCACGGGCGCUUCACCUCCAGCCUGGAGCUGGUUUCUUAUGCAGAGAGUGGGCUCCAGAGGCUGGUGGCGGCCCCGCAGCCCUGCCCCGAGGGAGACCCGCAGGCUUUGUCCCGGCCCAGGCCUCCCUCUCCUUCCUCCCGCAGCCUGGCUGGGCUGGGACACGUGGCAGCAGCGGGACACGGUGGUCCUCUCGGCCGCUGAGCCUCCACGCGCUCCAGCUCAAGUAAAAGCCUGUGUUCACGUCACGGAACGCCCUCCGUGGGUGCAGACUGUCGUCCUGCUCUCAGGUGGCCCAGGACAGCCUAGGGCAUCACGCGCUCCACUUGGUGCCACUGGCUGCUCCUGUUCUCGGACCCUCAGCCGGGGGCCAGGCAGGAAAAGCUACAGGCCGCCCACGGUCUGCGUGUCCUCCGGGGACAACUGCUGUCACCAUGCUGGGCCAGCCGUGCGCUCUGACCCGGGGUCUGAACUUGGCAGGGGUGUGUGGGGGUGGGGGGUGAGGUUUUUGCCCUCAGAAACCAAGUCCAUGGGCUGCCCCAGGCCGGAGAGUUCUUCCCAUCGCCCACGGCAACAAGGGACAGGGGCCUCAUCAGGAAGGCGCCCAAAGCCCAGAUGA